AUGGCAUCCUCCACUUCACUUCUCAAGCUCAUCUCAAUCUUCCUCUUUCUCAUCUCUUUUCUCACAACUCAAGUUGUUUCACAAUCUAAUCAAUGUGAAACAACAACAAAUUCUUGCACCAAUAAAGACAAAGCAACGCGUCUUAAAAUCAUUGCCAUUUUCUCGAUCCUCAUUGCGAGCGUCAUCGGCGUUUGCUCCCCGCUCUUCUCUCAAUCCAUCCCGAUGUUGCAUCCUGAUAGAAACACGUUCAUCAUCCUUAAAGCCUUUGCAUCUGGCAUCAUUCUCGCCACCGGUUUCAUGCAUGUUUUGCCUGAUUCUUUCGAUAUGCUUUGGUCUAAUUGUCUCAAGGAAAACCCGUGGCAUAAGUUUCCCUUUUCGGGUUUUCUUGCCAUGAUGUCUGCCAUUUUCACUCUCAUGGUCGACUCCAUGGCUACUAGUUUGUAUACUAAGAAACAUACCGAAGUUAUGCCUGAGAGUCGAGAAGACGGUCAUCAUGAGUUGCCUGUAGUCAGCGGUGGCCAUUUUCAUGGCCACCAUCACGGAGACAUCAAAGAACUCAAUGUUGGUUCUCAACUACUACGUUAUCGAGUUAUUGCCAUGGUUUUGGAAUUGGGGAUUGUUGUCCAUUCGGUUGUGAUAGGACUUUCACUUGGAGCAACAAAUGAUACUUGCACAAUCAAAGGCCUUGUGGCUGCUCUUUGUUUCCAUCAAAUGUUUGAAGGGAUGGGUCUUGGAGGCUGUAUUCUUCAGGCAGAAUACAAGUGGAUGAAGAAGGCAAUAAUGGCAUUCUUUUUCUCAGUGACAACGCCAUUUGGGAUAGCUCUUGGAAUAGGGUUGUCCAAGACAUACAAAGAAAACAGCCCAGCUGCGCUCAUCACUGUCGGGUUGCUGAAUGCUUCUUCAGCUGGCUUGCUCAUCUACAUGGCUUUGGUGGAUCUUCUGUCGGCUGACUUUAUGGGACCAAAGCUGCAAGGCAGCAUCAAACUCCAAGUCAAAUCCUAUGUUGCUGUGCUCUUGGGAGCUGGUGGCAUGUCCUUAAUGGCUAAGUGGGCUUGA